UCCCCCUCACUCCCCCUUCCGGCUCUGUCUCACAACACACAGCACACACACACACACACACACACACACACACACACACACACAUACAUACAUACAUACACACGUAUAUAGUGAGAGUGCAAGAUGCCGCGCAAGGAGCGCAAGGCUACACCACCGCCACCGCCCAUGGACGAGCACGGUGUCCGUGUGGGCGCCCGGCUGCCGGCAUGGUGCGGCCUGGAGCAGCAGCAGGUCUUGGCCGAGGUGCUGGAGAUUGAGAAUGGGCAGUACUACGUCCACUUUAUCGACUACAACAAGCGGCUGGAUACAUGGGUGACGGCCAAGGAGCUGGACCUCGACAACAUCUCCUACCCGGAGCCCGAGGGCGGUAGUGGCCACGGCGGGUCGUCCAAGAAGGCCACCAAGGCGAGCAAGUCCAAGGCGAGCAAGUCCAAGGCUAGCAAGGGCAAGGGCAGCCGCAAGGGCAAAGGCGGCCGCAAGUCGGCAUCGCGCGGCCGCCGCGGCGCGUCGAGCAAGGACGACGGCGACGGCAGCGGCGACGUGACCGACAUGGAGGUGGAGGACGACAACGAGGGCGCGUCGACCAAGAAGUCCAAGGCCUCGCGCAAGAAGACCAAGGCCAAGGGCUCGGGCUCCAAGGCUGACGACUCGGAGGACAAGCACCACGUGUCCGGCUCGCUGGCAUCGGCAGACACAACCCACGCCAACCUGGUCAAGAACAUCAACACGAUUGUUUACGGUAAGUUUGAGGUCGAGACCUGGUACUACUCGCCGUACCCGGCCGAAGUCUGUCGCGACAAGAAGAUCUGGCUCUGCGAGUUCUGCCUGCAGUACAACUCGUCGCACCACCAGCUCCGCCGGCACCAGCGCAAGUGCACGCUACGCCACCCGCCAGGCAUGGAGAUUUACCGCAAGGACGGGGUGGCUUUCUUCGAGGUCGACGGAUGCGUCGAAAAGGCGUACUGCCAGAACCUCUGCCUCAUCUCCAAGCUUUUUCUCGACCACAAGACUCUCUUCUACGACGUCGAUCCGUUCCUCUUUUACGUCCUCUGCGAGGUCUCCGACCGUGGCUACCACAUGGUCGGCUACUUUUCCAAGGAAAAGAUCUCGUCCACCAACAACAACGUGGCGUGCAUCAUGACCCUGCCGUGCUACCAGCGCAAGGGCUACGGCAUGCUCAUGAUCGCCUUUUCCUACGAGCUCUCCAAGGUUGAGCACCAGCCGGGUGGGCCCGAGACACCGCUCUCGGACCUCGGCCUCCUCUCAUACCGCUCGUACUGGUCCAAGUCGCUGCUCGUCCUGCUCAAAGACACCGACCUCGACAAGAUCUCUAUCCGCUCCAUGGAGAAGGAGACGUGCAUCAAGGCCGAGGACAUUGUCAAGACCCUGCAGCUGAUCGGGGUCAUCUCGGCGUCGUCGACCCGCGAGCUCUACGCCCCACCGUCGCUCAUCAACAAGUACCUGUACAAGAACGGCAAGCCGCGCAUGCCGCCGGUCAUCGACCGCGAGGCCCUUCACUGGGUGCCGUUUAUCAACCCGCCGUCGACCCGCGCCCGCGGUUAGUGAGUGCCUCACACCAGCACCACCUUGCCAAACGCCGACGGGACAUGGAAGCACGGCGGCGACUUGUACGUCGGCGACCAGGCCAGAAACUGCUCGCCAGCCGACGGCGAGACAACAUCGAUGCGGAACAUGUUGAGGUGCCACGCUGAUGGCGGCGGAUGAGCUCCUGGCGCCACGGUUACAUACGGCACGUACACCGCCGCCGUCCACCCGUCGGGCGUCACCCGCGCCCGCGCCUCGAUCGCCGUCGCGUUGCACGCCAUCAGAUCCCCAGUCAUACCGGCGCAGUCGUCGUCCGGAUUGGUAAUGUGUGACUCGAAGAGCACGCCCUUGGGCGAGACCUCAAUCUCGACGUAGUGCUGCGGCGCCUGCGCCGGGUAGCCUAGCCCAGGCGCGAUGAACACCUCCACCGCGUCGUACUCGUACAGGUGAUCGUCGCACUCGGUAAACGGGUUGUAGAUGUA